AGGCGGGUGGGUGUGCUAAACCUGCUGGAGGAGCGGCAGUAGGGCGGGACCUGACGGGAGGCGCAUAAGGGAGCCGGGACAGGGAUGGAGGCGUGGUCACAAGGCGGGAAACCGGCUGGAGAGGCGCUGGUGGCCAUAGGCCGCGUCGCUCAGCACAGCAAAGGGUCACGCGUCCUGACCCUGCCAGUGGACUUGGCCAGUCCUGCCACGCGCCCGGUUCCUAACCAGGCCUGGGCCCAGCCUGCAGGCGGAGCUUCGGCGGCCACUCGCGGCUCUGAGCGCCAGACCAGACACGGGGGACAGCAGAGGUGCCCUUUCCAAGGCGAGGGUUAGGAGGCAGGAUUGACGAGGAUCUUUGGUGUUCCUAGUCUUCAACCACCCAAGGAGGUGCUCAGAAUCGGAGAAUGAAUUACGCACGGUUCAUCACGGCCACGAGCGCGGCCAGAAAGCCUUCUGCCAUCCGAGUCCUGACUGAGAUAUUGGGCAAGGCACCGAAAUCUGUCAUCUCUUUGGCAACUGGAGCACCGAACCCCAACACAUUCCCUUUCAAGACUGCAGUUAUUACCAUAGAAAACGGAGAGGCCAUCCAAUUUAGCGAAGAGAGGAUGAAGAGAGCACUGCAGUAUUCUCAGAGUGUUGGACUCCCAGAGCUGUUAUCCUGGCUAAAACAGUUACAAAUAAAACUGCAUAAUCCUCCCACCAUCCAUUAUCCACCCAGCCAAGGGCAAAUGGACUUAUGUGUCACAUGUGGCAGCCAAGAAGGUCUCUGUAAGGUGUUUGAAAUGAUCGUUAAUCCUGGAGAUAAUGUCCUCGUAAAUGAACCUAUUUAUUCAGGAACAAUUCAUGCUGUGCAACCACUUGGUUGCAACAUAAUUAAUGUUUCCAGUGAUGAACAGGGGAUUAUUCCAGACUCCCUCAGAGAAAUACUUUCCAAAUGGAAACCAGAAGACUCAAAGAAUCCCAAGAAAAACACCCCCAAAUUUCUUUAUACUGUCCCAAAUGGCAACAACCCAACUGGCAACUCAUUAACAACUAACCGCAAAAAGGAAAUCUAUGAGCUCGCAAGAGAAUAUGACUUCCUCAUCAUAGAAGAUGACCCUUACUAUUUUAUGCAGUUCAACAAGCCUUGGGCACCAACUUUUCUCUCCAUGGAUGUCGAUGGGCGAGUCAUCCGAGCUGACUCUUUUUCCAAAGUCCUGUCCUCUGGGUUGAGAAUAGGGUUUAUUUCUGGCCCAAAGCCCUUGAUCGAGAGAAUUGUUUUACACAUACAAGUUUCAACAAUGCACCCCAGCACUUUUGCCCAGCUCCUGGUAUCACAGCUUCUCCACCAGUGGGGAGAAGACGGCUUCCUGGCUCACGUAGAGAGGGUUAUUGAUUUCUAUAGGAAGCAGAGGGAUGCAUUAUUGGCUGCUGCAGACAAGUGGUUAAGUGGUUUGGCAGAAUGGCAUGUUCCAAAUGCUGGAAUGUUUUUAUGGGUUAAAAUUAAGGGCAUUCAUGAUGUAAGAAACCUGAUUGAAGAAAAGGCCAUUAAGAAAGAGGUCGUUACAGAGUAUUGAGUAGAGUUCCAGCAGGUCCUUACUAGUUAUCUAGUUUAUAUAUAGUAGUGUGUAUAUGUCAGUCUCAGACUCCCAAUUUAUCCCUCCCAUCCUUUCCCCCCAGAAACCAUACAUCAUUAGUAUUUACAGUAGAAGGACUUUUCUUCCUGAUUAUGAAAAUAAAGCACACUUAUGGUAGCAUUAAACUUCAUUAAAGCAUAAUGAAAAAUUUUUAAAUAGCCAAUAAUUUUACCACCCAGAUUUUAUGACCAUGUGUGAUACAUUUUCUUGAUGAGCUUGUAUAUAUCUAGUAUUUUGGCUAUCAAAUGUUUUUUUAUUAAAGUACAGCUGAUUUGCAAUAUUACAUUAGUUUCAGGUGUACAACAAGGUGACAAUAUUUUUAAAGAUAGACUCCAUUUAAAGUUGUAAAAUAUUGGCCAUAUUCCCUGUGCUGUAUAAUAUAUCCUUAUAUGUUAUUUAUAUUAUACAUAAUAGUUUCUAUGUCUUAAUCCUCUACCCCUAUC